AACAGUCGCUAUGUGGGGAGCGUGGAUGGUUAUAGCUCUAUUCUCCAGCCACUGGAUGGCUGGCAAGUGCCUGGAUAGGCAGGAUUUCCCCGAGAACUGUGUGAGCAGGCGACUCAUCAAGCGUUACCAGCUAAACGAGGAUCUCUAUGGCAGCUGCCCUCCGCGUCGUAAGCGGCGGGUGGAUCCCACUUUCCACGGCAAUCCAAAGCCCCGCGCAGAUCUACUGGCUGCCAAAUUCCAUGUCAACGCCUACAACUUCGAUCAGACCAACUCCCUAGUCGGGUUAGUCAACAAAAUUGCCGAGGAGUACCUCCAAAAGUGCCCUCCAAUCAUAUACUACGAUAGCUUUGUAGAAAAGUCUGACGGCCUCAUUCUGGAGAACUUGUUCAAGACCCUUCCCAUUACGUUCUAUCAUGGCGAAAUAAACUCCCGCUACGAGGCCAAGAACACGCACUUCACGAGCCACAUAGACAGCAACUGCAAGAGCUAUAUUCUGUUCUUAUCCGACCCCCUGAUGACUCGGAAGAUCUUGGGCCCCCAAACCGAGAGCCGAGUGGUGCUCGUUUCAAGGUCCACCCAGUGGAAACUGCGAGACUUUCUGGCCUCAGAGCUCUCGUCAAAUAUCGUGAACUUGCUGGUCAUUGGAGAGUCCCUGAUGGCAGACCCUCUUCGAGAGCGUCCUUAUGUUCUGUACACCCACAAGCUCUACGCCGACGGCCUGGGAUCCAACACUCCGGUGGUGCUCACCAGCUGGAUAAAAGGCGCCCUUUCCCGGCCCCACAUCGAUCUGUUUCCAGCCAAGUUCCAAAACGGCUUUGCGGGCCAUCGCUUCCAGGUUUCGGCUGCCAACCAGCCGCCCUUCAUCUUCCGCAUUCGCACGCUGGACUCCUCGGGUAUCGGGCAGCUGCGCUGGGAUGGCGUGGAGUUCCGCCUGCUGAACAUGAUCUCCAAGCGGCUCAACUUCUCGGUGGACAUCACCGAGACGCCAACGAGGGCGUAUACGCGUGGCGUCGUGGACAACAUCCAGCAGCAAAUUGCCCAGAGGACGAUUGACAUCGGGAUGUCGGGGAUUUACCUCACGGAGGAGCGACUGCGCGACACAGACAUGUCAGUGGGGCACUCUCGGGACUGCGCCGCCUUCAUCACGCUGGCCUCCAAGGCUCUGCCCAAGUAUCGGGCCAUCAUGGGUCCGUUCCAGUGGCCGGUGUGGGUGGCCCUAAUCUGUGUCUACCUAGGGGGCAUCUUUCCGAUAGUUUUUACCGACCGGCUGACUCUCAGCCAUCUCCUGGGCAACUGGGGCGAGGUGGAGAACAUGUUCUGGUACGUGUUUGGCAUGUUCACCAACGCCUUUACCUUCACCGGAAAAUACUCCUGGAGCAACACCCAGAAGAUCUCCACACGCCUGCUGAUUGGAGCUUACUGGCUAUUUACGAUCAUCAUCACGUCCUGCUACACGGGCAGUAUUAUCGCUUUCGUGACGCUUCCCGCGUUUCCAGACACCGUGGACUCUGUGAUGGACCUUCUCGGCUUGUUUUUCCGCGUGGGCACCCUCGAUAAUGGCGGCUGGGAGAGCUGGUUUCAGAACUCCACGCACGUCCCGACCUCCAGGCUGUUCAAGAAGAUGGAGUUUGUUGGAACUCUCGAAGAGGGCAUUGGGAACGUAACGCAGAGCUUCUUCUGGAACUACGCAUUCCUAGGAUCCAAAGCGCAGCUAGAGUACCUGGUGCAGUCGAAUUUCUCCGAUGAAAACAUAUCGCGACGAUCGGCCCUCCACCUGAGCGAAGAGUGCUUCGCACUCUUCCAAAUCGGAUUCCUCUUCCCCAGGGAGUCCGUCUACAAGCGUAAGAUCGACUCCAUGAUCCUGUUGGCCCAGCAGAGUGGCCUUAUAACCAAAAUCAACAAGGAGGUAAGCUGGGCUAUGCAGCGCUCGGCAUCAGGUCGCCUGUUGCAGGCCAGUUCAUCGACAUCGCUGCGGGAAAUCAUCCAGGAGGAGCGCCAAUUGACGACGGCCGACACGGAGGGCAUGUUCCUGCUGAUGGCAUUGGGAUAUUUCCUGGGAGCCACUGCACUGGUGUCCGAGAUAGUCGGCGGAAUCACAAACAAGUGCCGUCAGAUCAUCAACCGCAAUCGGAAGUCGGCCUCUAGCUCCUGGUCCUCCCGCCACAGUUCGGCAAACGGCGGAGAGGAGCGCACGGCGGAUGAGCAGUUGGCCCACGACGAGCGGAAAGCAGCACGGCGUGAAGCCGCCGAGGAUGCCCAGAAAAUGAGCUUUGGGAUGCGAGAAUUUAACCUUACCCGGACGACAUUACGCGAGCUGUACGGCAGCUAUAACAGAUCCGAUCCGACCUCCAGCCAGCAGCCCGAAGAGCAUGUUCCGACGCACAUGCACACUCACACCUAUUUGGAGGACAAGGAUUCCCGCGAAGCUUUGGAGUCCUUGGAGCGGUUAGACGAGUUUAUGGAUCAGAUGGGCACCGAGGAGGAAGAGCCGGCUCCUUCAGCCUCUAUUGUUGACGAAGUCUUUGGUCCCAAUACUAACAACAGUACGAAUGAAACAUAAACAGAUCUAAAUAAA